CAUACGCCACGUUGGGUGUGUCACUGGGUUGCGACAGUGAGGUCAAAGUCGCAUAGAGACUAUUAUCAGUUCACUACAGUAUUUCUCUUGGGUGGGUCUGUACUCCAUUCACCGACUGACUACAUUCACCGGCCACUUUGCCACUUUACACGUGAAUCCAGCUAAUAAUUAGGUCUGUUGCGUCACUCGAUGCCAUUUGCUGAGCAAGACACCAAUUAGUCUGUUUAUUGAACUCAGCAUAAUGAAUAUUGUCGCUGGAGAAAAGUCCACAUUAGACUGAUACUUGAAUUUCUUUCAAUCCACUUAUUAUUACUACAAUUCCCCAGCACUCUUAGUUCCAUAUGGCAGGGCUGACUUCUUCUAAAUACACAGAGAGAGCCCCCUAACCAUAAUCUCAUAUUUAUCGAAAUCGCACAGCGGUCACCAGAGGCCUCACCUGACGCAGGUAAAUGAAGCAAGAAAAAUCGGUGCAGGUGCAUUUCGGUGACGUCCGCUGUGCCAACGCCGUGAGCAACGUGACGUUUGCGCACUUCCAUCGCUCUCAACGGUCUUACGUGUAUCUGGAAUCAUCCACUUUUCUCGUGCGGUCCAUUACUACAGACUUUCUACACAGCAGCUUUCAGAGUAAGUGUUUCAUUUUAUUGACAACAGCAGGUAGGUGUGUGUGUGUGUGUGUGUGUGUGUGUGUGUGUGUGUAAACAUCACAAGUAAGGCUGGUCGCUAUGGCAGUAUAUCUGACUUCACACAAAACUUUUGGAGACUCUACUGUACUGUAAUACGAUUACAGAUAAUACAAACUGUAAAGAUACUUUAAGGCUCAGUAGGUUGAUCACUCUUUACAGCUCUGUGUGUGUGUGUGUGUGUUGCAGUGGACCAGUCAUCCAACCUGACAGCUGUGGUGCCGACCAUGCCGUCCCCCCUGCGGCGCUCCAUGCUGGCAGUGGUCCUUGGUGCCGAGAUGCUCCUGGGCGUGCUUGGAAAUGCUCUCGUCCUGCUCACCAAAUUCAAGGCCAGGGGUCAGUUUAAGUGCCAGUGCUGGCUGCCCUUGGCCAGCCUGUCCGUCUCGGACCUCGGCUCGUCCCUCUUCGUCAUCUCCAGCUCCCUGCUGGCCGUGCUCACGAGCGGUCAGCAGUCGCCGUGGUGUGAGCUCGUCAGCCUGCUCAAAUUUGCUUUCAUCACUUCCUCUCUCGGCAGCCUCGGGGUCCUGUGCAUCCAGCGAGCCUUGGGACAGGCCUCCACCAGCAGGAGCAUCGCCGCCGUCACGGCAACGGCAUGCCUGACCUCCUGGCUUACAGGCGUGGUGUUCGGAAGCGUACCUGUGGCUUACAAAUGGAUCAGGUACGAUCCCGCCGAGAUGCUGUGCGCCGUCUUCUGGGAGAGCAGCUACUCGGACAUGCUGGCGUACGUCGUCUGCGCUUUCGCCAUCUGCAUCUUCCCGCCGCUGCUCGUCCUGCUCGGCUUCCCGCUCGCGUCCGCGGGCUGCGCGAGGAACGACCCCCGCAGGUGGGACCUGUCCUCAGUCACUCCUCUGCUGGUGACCUGCUACCUGCUGUGCUACACGCCCUUCGCUCUGUCCGAGCUCGCUCUUCUGGGGAGGCGUGACCUGUCCCCGGUCCCCGCGUGGCUGCGCACGCUCUCCUCGCUCACGGCGUACCUCGACUGCGGCCUCAACCCCCUCAUCUACUGCACCAACCGGGAGUUCCGCGGCGCCGUGUUCGGCCUCCUGUGGACCGGCGCAGGGGCGUCGCCCGAACCCGUGCUAACCGCGCUGGCAAGGCGGGAUGUCUGAGCGCUGUGUGUGUCUGCGU